AUUUGAUGAGAAAGCUUUCGAGAGCAGAUAAUCAUUUUCCAUCCCACUGUCAUUACUUUCCAACCGUUUACGCGUAGUAUUUUUGCGACGAGCACAUAACAAGAAAUAUAGCUGGAAAUUAAGUAAAAAACUCCCCUGAUGGCUGAAAAGCGGCGAUCCAAGAAACGUAAAGAUGAAUACACUGGUCCCAACGGUGCCGACCAAGAGCAAGAGAAAGCCACGAAGGAGGAGUACAAAGUGGCAAAAUGGCUCAAAUCGAACGUACCCACGAAAAAAACCAAAUUUCUAAACCACAACGUGGAAUAUUUUUCCUCGGGUCGAGCGGUAGAUGCUUUGUUAGCAUCCAAAUUUGCCCAGGGCGAUAACUGCCUGUUUCCCCACCGACAGGCGGUGAUUGAUUUUAUGGAUGGAAUGUUACAUCACAAGUUUUUCCAUCGCGCCAAAAAAGUAGCGGUCAGUGAGCAGGAACUAAGAGGAAAAAUCAAAAAACCCUCGGAAAAGGAUAAAGAAAAAAGCAAGGAUGAAAAAGCAACCGAUGGUGGUGAAAGCAGUCAUGCGGAGGGUGGCGCAAAAGCGGAUAAAGCAGCGGCAGAAAAAGAGAAACGCAAACGCAAAAUCCGGUUGGAGAUGCACCCGGAGCAACUUUUUGUUGACGGCCAUGAAGCAUACGUCUGGCUGUACGAUCCCAUUCCGAUGCACUACUGGAUCUUUGGCGCUCUUUUGGUUGUCGGAGCAAUUGUAAUAUGUUUAUUCCCGCUAUGGCCCCCGCUUCUGCGAAAGGGCGUUUACUAUCUCAGUAUAGCGGCCGCCGGAUUCCUGGUGUUUAUUCUUGGUCUGGCUGUGUUGCGAUUUGUAAUCUUCUGUCUCGUAUGGAUUGUAACUGGGGGCAAGCAUCAUUUCUGGUUGCUACCGAACUUGACCGAGGAUGUGGGAUUUUUCGCGUCUUUCUGGCCACUGUAUGAUCAUGAAUACAGGGAGAGUAUUGUGGACAAAGACAAGAAUAAGAAAAAUAAAAAACGGAAGCGCGACAAGGAUAGUGAUGCGGAAGACGAUGUAGGUGUUGGAGCCAACGUUCCGCCAAAAAUUGAUGAAAUUGGGGAACAUGAUGUUGAAAAGAAGCAGUCGUCGGAGGAAAGCCAGCUGCGGUACCGAGGAAAAGAGAAGAAAGAAUCGACGAAAGAGGUGGAUGAAACGGCAAAUGUUAGUGAUGCACAGGACGAGGAUCACGGAGAAGAGGAGAAAAACUCUGAAAGUGAGUCUGAAGGUUCUCAACGAUCAUCCACUGGCAAAGACUUUGAAAUGGUCGAUCCGGACGACGUGGACAACUCGUAAAACAUGAGGAAAUGGAGAUACAACAAAAAGUAACGCAGAAAAUAAAAAGAAGUAAAACAGACAUUUACAUUGAAAUGCACAUUAGGUGAAGCAUCCACGUAUAACUACAACUUAUUAUGGACAUUAUAGUUAUGGUGGUCUAACUUUAUUUAUAAUUUGAUAGUAGUUGUUUUUGUUAGUUCCAACAAAUUGGAAACAGAAAAAUAUAGAAGCUAGUUUAGCUAUUUUGUAAUUGAGACGAAUACAGCACAGUCCACUCUUGCACGUGAUAAAACGGCGCAUUAUAUUUAGUGCAUAGCAGCAGGCCGUGAUGAGAUCUGAUUAGAGAAAUCCGCUAACAGUGAGUGAGUGCAGCCUGAUUCUAGUAGCAGAACUUAACCAAGGGGUAGAAUGCUUCAUUUGUUAGAAAAAUCCAUACGUUAACACAAAAAAGAUGUUUUUAUUUACAAAACCCAACAAAAAACUCCCAAAAAUGAUUAUCAUCAAGUUUACGGCAUUGAAGAGGAGAACAAAAUGCUAAUUAAAUGACAAUUUCACGUUUGUGUAACAUUUUAUGAACUGAUAAACUUAUUGCAAUUGAAGCUCAAUGUAUGGAAGUCAAUAGUGCAAACGUUUUUUUAAGACACUGGAUAACGUGUGCUAUCGAAGGGCAGGUUUUAGUCAGCAUCGCAACGGGAUUUAUUCCAGACACAUUUCAAGGACGAUGGAAAGAACUAGUUGCCCUAAAAUAUUUGCUUGGCGGCAGAACAAAAUAUUUCUCCAUGUUGUGAACGCAUUGUGCUCUGAUUUAGUAUAAAAAUGUUUCAAUGGGAAUAUAACAAAUACAAAAUCUAGAGGUUAACUAUUGAUAUACAUAUUAUA